UCGUGAAUCAGUCUGUCGUGCAUCGUCAAAUUGUGAUCGUCGUUGCGUGGCCAUUUAACGUUGCACUCGGUGUAUACAAACGUAUAUAUAUAAUCAUCUAUACGUACGAAAAUAAUUUCUCUCUCUAUCAAAAAUCGAGCACAGAAUUCUUUCUUCCGAAAAAUAAACAAAAACAAGUUAAAGCAAGAUAAUAAAAAUUGUUUUGGCCAGUUUUAACGAUUCUUCUACAAAAAUUUGAAGGAAAAGUAUUUUUUUACUCUUAUUUUUAUUUUAUAUUAAAUAAAUUUUUCAAUACCUUUGACAUAUAAACCUAACUGAAAGUUAAAUUAUAUGUUUAAUUGUGUGUGAAAAAUAAGAGAACUAAACGCACAAUUGUUUAGUAUUCUAUUAUUGGAUUUGGAAAAAGAAGUGAGGAAAGACAGUUCUAUCGAACGUAUAUUUUUCGUGUAUUCGUGAUACAUACAUCAAUAUUAUUGAACUGAUUGUGACAUCUUUAAAAUGAAACGAUUACUAUUGCUCGCCCUUUUGGCCGUCGUAGUAUUGUGCCAUGAACCAUUCCAAGUGAUAUUCGAGUGGAAGUCGCUCGACUUCGAGUGGCCAUCGGAGGAAGAACGGACAGCCGCGUUGGUGCAGGGUGAUUAUAUAGCGGCGAACAAUAUCCUCACCACCGUGAAAUUCUGGCGGGGGAAGAUGUAUCUGACAAUACCGCGGUGGAAGGACGGCGUGCCGGUGACGUUGGGCGUGACUUCCGCGAAACCAGUGAACGGAAUGACGGCCCCGAAAUUGGAGCCCUUUCCCAACUGGGACAUGCAGAAGUUAGGCGAUUGUUCGGCGUUCCAACUGGUCCACAGCGUGGAGAUCGAUCCUAAGGGUCGCAUGUGGGUGCUGGAUACCGGCCGGGCCAGAUUCCAACAGGGAACCAAGUACGACUGCCCAGCACGACUGGUGAUCCUCGAUCUGGAGGACAACGGUAAGGUUCUCCGUAGCUACGAGUUUCCCAAUCAAGUGGCUCGCCGCGGCGUGACGUAUCUCAACGACAUCGUUUUGGAUCAUGAGAACGGAGGCAUGGCGUACAUCACCGACAACGGCCACGACGAUCCCGGCAUCAUCGUGUACUCCUUGCAGAACAAUACCUCGUGGAAAAUUCGACACGAGUCCAUGAAGGCGGACUCAGACGCGAUCGGAUUUAUGGUGGGGAAGACUCACGUGCACGAUGCUGUGCAUGUAGACGGCAUAGCGCUUUCACCGGCAAGCAAUGACAAUAGGAAAAUUUACUAUUCGCCUUUAUCUUCGUUUCGCUUAUACUCAAUUCCGGUGUCCGCCCUGAGGGACAACGCGACGAACAUCGCUCCGUACGUGAAGGAACUCGGACGGAAGACGUCGCAGACCGACGGUAUGGCAAUGUCGGCCACCGGCGUGCUUUAUUUCGGCCUGCUAGCCGACGACGCUAUCGCCAUGUGGGACACCAAAGCUGUAGCGGCUUUCAACACCGGCCAGCGAAUCAUCUCGCGCGAUCACUUGUUGACACAGUGGCCCGACAGUUUCGCCUUCGACGAGGACGGUAACUUUUGGUGCGUCACCAACAGGUUACAAAACUUUUUGACCAGCCGGGUCAAUGUUGAUCAACCCAACUAUCGUCUCAUUCGCACGCACGUAGGUGUUAAGAAUUAUCAGUAUUAUGAGAAUGGCACGGCGCCGGGUUGGCCGGAUUUCACUGCCGGUGCCGACUCCGUCAAAUUGGCACUCGCCACAUUGCUGGCCGCCAUUUUGGUUUUUGUCGCAAAGUAACUUUUAUGCGGUAACGUAUAUCAGAUAUAUAUGUAUAAAAAUGCGCAAAUUGGAAACUUGCUUCCUCUAUAUGAAAUAUGAGGAAGCCAAAAUUGGAAAAACAGUUUGCUUAUAAAGGGGGCUUCAGAUUCCUUGAUUUUCGUCGCGACCAUGUUGGAUUGUAACGUCAGAAGCGAGAAAAUAUACACACUGAAAACUUUUGCAUGCCAUUUUUAGAUAAAAAAAUAUUUCAAUAAAACAACGCUACAAAAUCUUUUGGCACCUUGGAAAAUUGUCCGAAAACUAUCCUUUUCUCUUGACAGUCAAUCCACAGUCGUAAAAUAAUUGAAACAUAUCAGAUUUUGUCAUGCGAAAUGAUUGUAUAUAUGUGCAAAGACCAACUUGGACCUCAUAUUAGUCAUAUUACAACUGUUGAUUAAUUAUAAAGGGAAAAGAUUAGUUUUCGGAUAAUUUUACAAGUGUAUCAAAGAAUUUUGUAGUGUUGUUUUAUUGAAAUAUCUUCUUAUCUAAAAAUGGCAAAAAUUUUUCUAACGUCACGAUUUCGACAUGGUCGGUGAGAAUCAAAGAGCCUUAAUGCGAAUGAACAAAAUGGUAAGGAAGCAAUGUGCAAGUUUCCAAUUUGCACACUUUUUUCACAUAGAAUAAUAUUUUGUCAUAUAUUAUAUAUAAUAUAAGUAUGCGUUAGGUACGGAUGUACCUAUACUUUUUGCAUGUUUCUUUCGUAAAAUUCGAAAAGAGUGAUGGCAAAUUUUGCCCAUUUUUUGGACCUUGAAUUUCAAAUUUUUGUAUGGCAAAUAGUACUAUUAGAUGAAACAUUAAUCCCAGUAAAAUUUCAAGAUGAGCAUAGGUUCCGGAAAUACAAGGGAAUGAAAGUGAUGAUUUCUAGUUAGGGUGUAUGAAAAAUUAUCACUUUCACUUCUUCAUAUAUCCGGAACCAAAUCUAUGCUUAUCUUGAAAUUUCUCUGGGAUUAACGUAUUAUCAUUUAGUACUAUUUGACAUAAAAAAAAGUUUGAAAUUGGAGGUCCAAAAAUUCGAUUCUAUAAAAUGGGCGAAAAAACAGGUCUUUUUGCCAUCAUACUCUUUACAAUUUUUUUUAACAAAUUCAAAAUUUCAUAACAAAUGAACUCUUUCAACCAUCUUCGCCAAAUUCAAUAUUAACCGUUUUCUAAUAAUACUCCAUUUAUAUAAAAAAAUUUAGUCGAAUAUCUCAAAAUUUACGAAAUUGGAGCAAUUACAAAUAUUUUUCAAAAAAUACAAAAUUUUAUAAAAAAUGAAUCCUCUUUCACUAAAUAACAUAUUUCACACAGCAUAAAAUUCAACAGAAAUGUUGCAGAAAUAUUUCAAAGUUUCAAACUAAUUUCUAAAUAAACAUUAAAAUGACGUUAAUUAUCUCUAACAGAAUACACAUUCAAAAAAUAUGAUAUCCAUUAUAAACAGCAGUUCUUAACCUUAGGGUUCGUGAUGAUGUUUUCACAAGCAAAUUGUAUAUUUAUUACUUUUUGCCCAUUCUACGAGAGCAUUGAUAAUAUGAAUGAUAAUAUUUUCAACUAAUUAAUGUUAAUUAAUAAAUAAUAUUACAUUACCAAAUAUUUGGAGGACCGCAUGAAAAUAAUGUGAUGAGAAGGAAUUCGCAUCGUAAAAAAGAUUAAGUACCGCUCUGAUCUACAUAGAAGAUAUAAUUAUAUCCUUUAAAUAUCCUGACACAUCUUAUUUUAAGCAAGUGUUUUAAAGAUCUAACUUAAUUCGUCCUAUUUUUACCCCUAUACUUUCAUGUCAAAGAGAUACAAUAUGUAUAAUAAAAAACAGAAAUGCGCAUUUACUCUUUCUCUUUAAAGAAUAAUUUUCUUCUUCAAAAACAGCAACACACUUCAGGAAUUACCUGAGAAACUCUUCAAGUAUCAAGGCAAUUUUAUUGUUACCGAAAACGCAAAAAUUUUUUUAAGAAAAGUUACUUCAGAAAAUAUUUUCAUUGCAUA